AUGCUGCGCCUCUCGGCCACCGCUCGGGUACGCCCGCGGUCGCUGGUGGCAGCGCUGUCGACGCUCGGUCGGGCCCGCAGCCAGCGGCUGCUGGCAGCACGGAUGGCUGCGCUUCUCGCCGGCGGGGCGCCCGACGCUGCCGUCGCCGCCUUUGCCCAUGAAGCCGGCCCAGACCCACCGACUGCGGUCCAUGCACUGCGGCUACGGGCUCUAGCUGCUGCUGGCCACCCUGAGGCCGCCGAAGCCGCCUGGGACGCGCUCCCGGCCCGGCACCGAAGCCUGGCCACGUACCGCGCUGCGGCCGAGGGCCUGGCCUCGGCCGGCGCGCCCGCCGCGGCGGUCGCCGUCGCCGAGGCGAUGGCCUCUGACGCGCGAAUCGUGGACGCCCAGGUCCUUGGCACUCUUGCCGCCACCGUCUCACCAUACGCGCCCGCCGACGCCCACGCUCGGGUCGCCGCGCUUGUUGUCAACGCUCUCUCCUCCUACGGGGUCGUCCUCCCGCCGUCGGCGCUGGUGGCGCUCCUUGCGGGUGAUCCGGAGCUACUCACGGCGCUUCCACCGUCGCUUCCGGCCGCAUCACUUCCGGAUCCAGUCCAAAUUGAGCCGCUGCUCAAGGCCGUUGCGCUCGCGUCGGCGCCCGACGACCUCUUCCGCGCCCUGCGGGCCUCUCCUCUCCUCGCUUCGAGCCGCGCCCGGACCUCGCCUGCCGAUCUGGUGGUCUUUGACUACGCUGCCGCGCUGCGGUCAUCCGACUACGUUCGCGCCGACAAGCUGCAGGCUGCAUUGGGUGACGCGUCGGUGGCGAGCCGUCCAUCGCCGUCGGCGCUCCGCUUUGUCGUUGACGUUCUCGACUCGCGCGGGCUCGUCGACCGUGCCGUCGACCUUGCACGUGCUGUCUCCCGCUUGCUCUCACCGCAUCAGCUUGCCAGCGAGUAUGAUCCUGCGCUUCGGGCGCUCCUGGGGAUGUUCAUUAGGAACACGCACGAGCCUGGCCUCGACGCCGCGCUCACACUCCUUGGCCGCUCGGCGGUCUCACUCAAGCCUGCCUCCACAGCUGCACUUGUCAAGACCGCGGCUCGUGUCUCGCCCAUUUGGGCCCACACCGUGCUCGACAAGCUCGGUGCGUCGUCCCACGCAGGCGCCGUCCGCCAUGUUGUGGCCGCCUACGCUGACGCGCAGGCCCCGACCCGCGCGCUCGCCCUGCUCGACGAAGCCGUGCCGGAUCUCUGCGCCCGGACCGAGGAGUUGUACGCACCCAUCGUCGCCGCUUACGCCGCCGACAACUACUGGGACCAACUCGACGCGCUCCUUGCCGACGACGCUCACCUCCGCAAGCUCGCCACCCACAAGACCUACGCGCUCGCCUGCCGCGCCGCCCUCGAGGCCGGCUCGGCCGAGCAUGCCCUCAAGUACUACACCCGGCUCCUGGCCCGCGCAUCCUCCUCGCCACUGAGGCUGGAGAUGUAUGCGCUCGGUCUCGAGCUUGCGCACGCCACCCGCGACUUUGACCUCUGCCUCUCCAUCCUCGACUCGGUCCGUGCCCACGGCCGCUACGCUAAUGAGCGCCUUGUCCUUCACGCGCUCGCCACCGCCGAGAGCCCCGACCAGCUCGAGGACGUCGCUGCCAAACUCGCUCACCCCAAGCUCGUCCGCACUCCGCGCAUCGACGAAGCGCUCGACGCUCUCGUUUUCGACACCUUUGGCGGCUCGCCCGAUGACCUCGCUGCCGUCGACGCUGUCCUCUUUGCCGACACUCGGUUUUAG